AUGGGGGAACCCCUGGAAGUGCGCCCCUUGCUGAGAGCCAAACGCUUCGAAGAUUUGGUGCCAGAAACCAAGGCAUUGAAAGAGUUGAAGCCAAGCUUCACGCGCAAGGAGCACAGCCGCAUCACCAGUGCUAGUUUCAGCCCAGUGGCACCGUAUAGACUGGCGGUGGUGAGUGGUACAAAGGUGGGGAUUUGGCAGCCAGCUGCACUGAAGGAGGGCGCUUUGGAGGAGGGCAAAUCCUUGACCAAAUUCAAGGACGUGACCCUUUGCGCCUCCUGGCGCUCGGAUGGUAAGCUGCUCUUGGUGGGAGAAGCCAGUGGAUCCUGUGCGGUCAUCGAGGUGGAGAAGAACACUAUCCUCCGGCGGCUGCGGGGCCAUGGCGAUGCCGUGACAUGCGCGGCCUACGCGGAGACGGAGAAGAGCCGCUGCGCUACGGGCUGCAAAGACGGCAAGCUACGGCUCUGGGACGUAGCGACCUCUGAGUUGUUAAGCACCAUGGAGGCACACGAUGACUGCCUGAAGUGCUGCGCCGUCGGCCCUGUGGGCGCUGGAAGCUGGAUCACUGCAGGGCAUGAUCAGAUGGUGAAGCUCUGGGAUGAGAGGAGUAAACCCGACAAACCGGCCAUCGCUGUGAACCACGGCAGCCCGGUGGAGUGCGGCUGCGCCUUCCCAGGCGCCGCGUUGUACGCCUCCGGCGGCGGCACCGCGGUGAAGGUGUGGGACCUGGCCAUGACCGGCAAGGUGCUGCAGGAGCUGAACGAUGCCCAUUCCAAGGUCAUUAUGGACCUCGACUUGGACGACAAGGCAGCCACCUUGAUCAGCGCCUCCUUCGACGGCUUCGUGAAGGUCUUCAACUCUGUGGACUUUACCCACUUGUGCAGCUACAAGCAAACAGGCCCCUGUACAUGUGUUGCCUGGCGCCCGGAUGGCAAUGGUUUGAUGGUUGGGCUGGAUGACGGCAGUUGGCAAUUCCGAAGCCGAGCAGGGAAGACCAAGAAGAAGGCCGUUGGUGAAGGCGAGUUGGUUGUGGGCAAGCGCGUGUUGCGACGAGGGAAAAAGGAUGGUCCAUUGAAGGAUGAGGACGACGAUGAGGAGGAAGAGUCAGAGGUAGAGAUACAAAAAAGCAAAAAGUGGAAGCGCGAGGAAGGCUUUCUACGUGGCCAUUUGCAUCAGCCGGAGCUGGAGGACCACGUGGUGGAUCAGCAAGGUCGAACUGGCCGUGAGCCCAAGGUGACCUACCUCUUCCGAAAAUUUGAGUACAGAAAGCUGGCAGAGUACUUGUUCUACUACACCAAGCCCCGUGAGCCCAGCUACGGCCUCUCAAUCGUCAGCCAGUUGCUGGAGCAAGGCGCUCUUGCUUCAGCUCUGAGCGAAAUGGGCGAAGAACUUUGCUUCGAGGCCUUACGAUGGCUGCAGGGCGCCUAUUCGGUGUCCAGUGACUCCUUGCAACAGUCGCUGAUCAACGAGCUGUUGCUACAGCUGAUUGAUUGCAACGAGUGCCUGCGUCCGCCGCAGAGCCAAAAGCUCAUUGGAGCCAUGGAAAAGGUUGAACAGAUGAUACUGAAAGAACUUCAAAACCAGGAGGCGCUCUUUGAGACGACAGGCGCCAUUGAAAGCAUUUUCUCUUAG